GAUGUCAUUCGCUUAAAAAAAAAUUUAAAAAAAAAGGAUGUUGUUUUUAGCACCCUGGCUUGGGGAAAAAGAUAGUGUAGGAAUCUGACCGAAAGUAAUUGGUAUGAAAUAGACAAACAGAAAGAGAGAGAGGGAAGAAUGUAAUUCAAUUCAACAAAAUGUGAAGUUGAAGUUUUUCAAUUCCAACAAUUGUGUGACUACUCGGCACCCAAAUCGAUCGACCAUGGCGUACACACAACAACAAGAACAAGAGCUUCCGAAGGUUGUGUUGGUUCUUCGCCCAACAAUUGGUUUCAGUGACUACGGAAAACAAUUCUCGGAAAAGUUCCAUUUGCUGAAAGCAUGGGAAUCUCCGAUGCCUACUGAACAAUUCCUCGCAACCCAUGCCAGUUCAGUGCAAGCUAUGCUCUGCUCCGUCGGCACUCCGGUCCAAUCCGACGUCCUCCGCCUCCUCCCGUCUCUCAAGGUCAUCGUCACCACCAGCGCCGGCCUCAACCAGAUCGACUUGCCGGAGUGCCGCCGCAGGGGAAUCUCCAUCGCCAACACCGGAACCAUCUACUCGGCCGAUGUGGCCGACGUCGCGCUCGGACUGUUGAUUGAUGUUCUCAGAAAAAUCACGGCCGCUAAUCGGUAUGUUCGCGGUGGCCUUUGGCCGAUCCAAGGAGACUACCCUCUUGGUUCCAAGUUGGGAGGCAAGCGAGUUGGGAUUGUUGGACUAGGAAAUAUUGGGUCAGAAGUUGCAAAGAGGGUUGAGGCCUUUGGGUGCAUAAUUUCAUACAAUUCGAGGAGGAAGAAACCAUCUGUUUCCUACACUUAUUAUCCUGAUGUGUGUGAACUCGCAGCUAAUUGUGAUAUCCUUGUCAUUUGCUGUGCUUUAACUGAUCAAACACAUCACAUGAUCAACAAGGAUGUCUUACUGGCAUUGGGGGAGGAGGGAGUCAUUGUUAACAUCGGACGAGGGGCUGUUAUCGAUGAGAAAGAACUAGUCCGGUUUUUGGUGGAAGGGAAGAUUGCUGGUGCUGGCUUGGAUGUGUUUGAGAAUGAGCCUCAUGUUCCGAAAGAGCUCUUUGCAAUGGAUAAUGUUGUGUUAACUCCCCACCGAGCUGUUUUUACGGAUGAAUCUUUUCUGGAUUUAUAUGAACUUAUCGUCGGGAAUUUCGAAGCUUUCUUCUCUGGUAAACCUUUACUUUCUCCUGUUGCACUGGAUGAAUGAAUGGAUUGAUUCUUCUCUUUGGAUCGAGGCUUGUCUCUCACAUGUUGUUGUAUUUUUUCAGUUGGCUAUUUCAUUGAACAUAUAUGAUCCCGAGUCAUUCUUCCAAAACAUGUCAUUCUUUGUAUUCUGUAGAAUUUCAGAACUUAAAAA